CUACAACUUAAAAGAGCCAAAAUGCAGUAUUGGUACAUCAAUCACGUAUUAUCAAUAUCGUUAGUAACAAUCGUGGUUUGUAGCUGAACGACUUUUUGUAGAUUGUCAUGAAAAAUUUGUAUAUGAAAAAAUUAUGGGCUGCCUCACUCGCAAUAUGUAUUACAAUGAUAACAGCCGAAACUAUGAAUAAUACAAUGGAACGAUCAUUUGGAAAUAUGUUAAAUUGUACGACUCGAAAAUGUGUACAGGAUAAUAUGGAAUUCGAAUUGAAUUUAAUGUCUAAUAUGAAUACGAGCGUCAAUCCCUGCGAUAAUUUUUAUGAAUUUGCUUGCGGUAAUUUUGAUAACUUUCCCGCUCUUUAUGCACGAUUUCUUCAACAUAACUUUGAUUAUCGACCGAGCAUCAUGUAUCAUAAAAUUUCCGAGACAAUCGAAAAAAGCGAACCAACGGCUUCACCGAAGCAAUUUCAUUUCCUGAAAUAUUUCAUGACUUCUUGUAAUAAUGUGAACUUUAAUAACAACGAUUGGUAUAUUGGUAUCAAAGCAGACAAACUUGAUGAUUUAACAGAAAUAAUAUCGAAAUUAGGCGAAUGGCCCGUCAUCAAAGGCUCUAAAUGGAACGGCACUAAUUUCGAUUGGAUGAGUUUUAAUAACAAAGCAGGAAAUCUUGGUUCCGAGAAACAAUUAUUCCUUUCUCCAGAUAUUCAAUUACAUCGAAACGGUAAGCAAUAUGCUUUCUAUCCACAAGAAUUUGAAUUCUCACAUGAAUAUAUGAAGAAUCUCCAGAAUAAUAUCACAAUCAAUGCUUAUUAUAAGUAUAUGGUCGAUGUUGCUAAACUUCUUGGCGCCAAUGAAACACAAGCAAAAAUAGAACUCAUGGAAUCAUUUCAAUUUGAACUCAAACUUAUCAAUAUAAGCAAUAACAAUGAUAUAGCAUUAAAUAAUGUAGAUAACGCCAGCAAAAUGUCGCUCAAGGAAAUAAAAGAAAAGUGGCCAGGUAUUGAAUGGGAUAAACUGAUCAAUAUGACAAUUGAAUCGCAAGUAAAAUUUUACUACCCAAACAAAACGAUGAUUUCCAUAGAAAUUCAUCAUUAUAUAACAGAACUGGAAAAAUUAAUGAAAGAAACUCCAAAAAGAGUCCAAGCCAAUUACGCUGUAUGGAAGACAAUUCAAUCUAUGAUUCCAAUGGUUGAAUCCGUUACUCUAUCUAAACUUUACGUAGCUUAUUCUAAAAUAAGGAACCCAUCAGCCUUCAACUUUCAUUAUAUUUCCUGCUUCAACAUUCUUAAAAUGAAGUUACCAGAACUUAUGUACUUUUACUAUGUACAUCAUUUCUCAAUCGACAAACGUGCCAAAACUCAUGCAGAUCAAUUGACUUCCGACAUAAAAAAUAAACUAUUAGCUAUUUUGAAUAACGCGUAUGCGUCGGAUAUUAAAACCAAAAAUAAACUGACCUCAGAAAUCAAUUCUUUAAAGUUUGUCAUUGGAUAUCUCGACGAAGUCUUCGAUAAUAAAAUAUUAGAUGAAUAUUAUCAAGGCCUUGAAAUAACAUCUGACAGUUAUUUAAAGAAUUACUUGAACGUGUCUUCAUUCCAUCGCAAAAAACUUUUAGAAGUAUGGGAGAAGCCACUAAUUUCGAUAAAUUGGAAGAAUAUUUUCAAACUAUCGAACCCGUUUGAAUUCGGUGGUAUCAAUUUAGAUCUAUUUAAGACCAUUGUUAUAGGUAUUGAAAGAUUGAGGAAUUUGUUUUUCAGUAUUAAUCGUCCAGAUAUCACUAAUUUGGCCACUCUUGGAUUCACUAUUGGGCAUGAAAUGGGACACACCAUAUAUUUUUCUUACAAUCCUGUUGAUAAGUUCGGACUGAAAGACAACGGAUGGAGUGUAAUGGCAGAUGAAAAAUUUAAGCAAACAGAAAAGUGCUUAAUAGAACAAUUCUCGAAUUAUUCUAUCGAAACAACUGGAAAAAAACUAAACGGUUCAUUCUUUUUGGAAGAAAAUAUUGCCGACAAUAUUGGUAUACAAGUUGCUUAUUCGGUCUACCAAGAUUGGGUCAAAAAGUAUGGACCCGAAGCAACUUUUUCUAACUUGCCGUAUAAUUCGAAUCAGUUGUUUUGGAUAGCAUAUGCAACUCGAUGGUGCAAAUCAAAGUCAUUUUUGCGUAAAACAUAUUCGACCGAUGAGCAUGCUCCACCCGAUAAACGUGUUAUUGGAUCGCUUUCAAACAAUCCAGAAUUUUCAAAAGAUUUCAAUUGUCCCUUAGGCUCUAACAUGAAUCCUGUUAAAAAAUGUAGCAUUUUAUCUGUUCAGUUAUCUGACAUAAAAUUUGUGUCGAAGAUUAACAGAAGCACGAUAAAAUCGCACAAAAAUCCUGGUAGCAAAGCAGACAAACUGGAUGUGUUAACAGAAGUAAUAUCUAAAUUGGGUGAGUGGCCCGUUAUCAAAGGCUCUAAAUGGAACGGCACUAAUUUCGAUUGGAUAAGUUUUAAUAACAAAGCAGGCAAUCUUGGUGCCCAUGAAAGAUUAUUUCUUCAUUUAUAUCCUCAACUACAACGCGAAGGUAAGCAAUAUGUUUUGUAUUCACAAGAGUUUGAAUUUUUACAUGGAAAUAUAAAGAAUCGCCAGAAUAAUAUCGCAAUCAAUGCUUACUAUAAGUAUAUGGUCGAUGUUGCUAAACUUCUUGGUGCGAAUGAAACACAAGCAAAAAUAGAACUCAUGGAAUCAUUGGAAUUUGAACUAAAACUCAUCAAUAUAAGCAAUAACAAAGAUAUAAUGUCAAAAAAUGAAGAUAACGCCAGCAAAAUGUCGCUCAAGCAAAUAAGAGAAAAGUGGCCAGUCUUUGAAAAUAUUGAUUGCUACGGUUAUCUUAAAGAACAAUUACCAGAACUUAUGUACUUUUACUAUGUCCGUCACGUCUUAGUCGACAAACGUGCCAGAACUCAUGCAGAUCAAUUGACUUUUGACAUAAGAAACAAAUUUUUAGAUAUUUUGAGUAACACGUUUAUCCUUGGAUAUCUAGACGAAGUCUUUGAUGAUAAAGUAUUGGAUGCAUAUUAUCAAGGCCUUGAAAUAACUUCUGACAGUUAUUUAAAGAAUCGCUUAAACGUGACUUCAUUCAAUCGCAAAAAAUAUUUAAAAAUGUGGGAGAAGCCACUGAAUUUGAUUAAUUGGAUGACUAUUUUCAAAUUAUCAAACCCAAAAAUUUUAGUUAUAGGUCUCGGAAGAUUGAGAAAUUUGUUCUUCAGUAUUAACCGUCCAGAUUACAAUAAUUUGGCCACGUUUGGAAUCACUAUUGGGCAUGAAAUGGGGCAUACCAUUCAUGUUUCUUACGAUGCUGUUGAUGAGUUUGGAAGAAAAAACAACGGAUGGAGUGCAUUGGCAGAAGAGAAGUUCAAGGAAACAAAAAAUUGCUUAAUGGAACAAUUCUCGAAUUAUUCUACCGAAACAACUGGAGAAAAACUAAACGGUUCAAUGUAUUUGGAAGAAAAUAUUGCCGACAACAUUGGUAUACAAAUUGCUUAUUCGGUCUAUCAAGAUUGGGUCAAGAAGCUCGGACCCGAUGCACCUUUUUCUAACUUGCCUUAUAAUUCGAAUCAGUUGUUUUGGCUGUCAUAUGCAGCUCCCUGGUGCACAUCAACGUCAUCAUUGCUCCAAGUGAAUUCAGCCGAUCAGCAUGCUCCAGUCGAAAAACGUGUUAUUGGAACGCUUUCAAACAGCCCAGAAUUUUCAAAUGAUUUCAAUUGUCCCUUAGGCUCUAACAUGAAUCCUACUAAAAAGUGUAACGUAUUUUGAUAAAAAUAUUCAAUUAUUUUGAAAAAUUGCCU